UUCACUUUACUCCUUGACAUGAAGGUUCCGAACCUAGCAUUCUAUAUUAAAUCUUCCCAUUAAUGCAAAAAUACAGAGUGACAAUAAUAAUGAGCACUUCAAGAUUAUCACUUUUCUUCUUCUAUGCCAUUCUCAUUUUCCUUGUUAAUAAUCCCACCAUUAAUGCGCAGAGAGAUCCCUACGUGCUUCACGAGUGUUCAACUACUGGUAACGUUACUAGUAACAGUACCUUUAGAGCAAACCUUAAUACCCUCAUCUCCACUCUUUCUUCCAACACACAAAUCGAUUAUGGGUUCUACAAUUUCACUGCCGGAGAGGGCACCAACAAAGUUUACGCCACUGGGCUUUGUAGAGCUGAUCUUUCACCAACUGAUUGCCGUAGUUGUGUCAACAUAUCAGCUCACGAGCUCUUACAAUUGUGUCCAACACAGAAAGGGGGUGUCAUGUGGUACAUGAAUUGUACAGCUCGAUACUCAAACAACUCGAUAUUUGGUGUUAUGGAAACUAAACCUACUCGAGCUCUUGUAAGUGGUGAUGUCUCGAACUUGACUGAGUUCAACGCGGUGUUAAAACCCUUAUUUUAUGACCUGAGAGUUAGAGCUUCAGCUGGAGGUAUUUUUCGCAAGAUUGCAGUUGGAACUGCGUACUAUAAAAGUGACAACUAUACGAUGUACGGGCUUAUGCAGUGUAGUCCUGAUUUGUCAGAAAUCGAUUGUAGUAAUUGCUUAGUUGAUGCUCAAAGCUAUAUUCAAGAUUGCUGUAGUGGAAACAGGGGACUGAGAAUUCUUGCACCAAGCUGUAAUUUAAGAAUAGAGACCGACCAAUUCUAUGACAGCACUCUUGUUCAAUCUCCACCGUCAUUAUCUCCUCCUUCUCCUUCUCCUCCGCCUUCAAAAGGAAAGGGGAGUAACUCAUCUAAAACUAUCAUCGCCAUAGUUGUGGUGGUGGUCAUUCUCGUUGUAAUAAUCAUCUGCUUCUGCAUCUCUUUAAGGGUGAGGAAGCAAAGAAAGAAAGCUAAAACAGUGGAUGAAAUUAGCAGUACUGAAUCCUUGCAUUUCGAUUUUCCAACAAUUAGAGUUGCUACAGAUAACUUUUCUGAUGCAAAUAAACUUGGGCAAGGCGGAUUUGGUGUUGUUUAUAAGGGUAGGCUCUCCAAUGGACAAGAAAUUGCUGUCAAAAGGCUAUCCCAGGGUUCUGGACAAGGUGAUUUAGAAUUUAAGAAUGAGAUAUUGUUAGUUGCUAAGCUUCAACAUCGGAAUUUAGUUAAGCUUCGAGGUUUCUGCUUGGAAGGAUGUGAAAGGCUUCUGAUUUAUGAGUUUGUGCCAAAUGGAAGCCUCGAUCAAGUUAUAUUUGAUCCUACAAAACGUGCAUAUUUGGAUUGGCAAAGGCGUUACAAAAUCAUAGAAGGCAUUGCUCGAGGUCUUCUUUACCUUCAUGAAGAUUCUAGACUUCGCAUCAUUCAUCGUGAUCUCAAAACUAGUAAUGUUCUGCUAGAUGAUGAGAUGAAUCCCAAAAUUGCAGAUUUCGGCAUGGCAAGAUUGGUUAUACUAGAUCAAACCCAUAGUAAUACAAAUAGAAUCGUCGGGACAUAUGGAUAUAUGGCUCCAGAGUAUGCAUAUCAUGGACACUUCUCAGUAAAGUCCGAUGUCUUCAGUUUUGGCGUGUUAGUUCUUGAAAUGAUAUGCGGACAAAAAAAUGGUUACUUCCGUAAUGAAGAAAAUGGGGAGGAUCUUCUUACUUAUGCAUGGACAAAUUGGAGGAGCAUGACAGCUUCAAACAUUAUAGACCCCACAUUAGGGGUUGGUUCAACAACAGAGAUAAUCCGAUGCAUUCACAUUGGAUUAUUAUGUGUUCAAGAAAAUGCAGCUGAUAGACCAACCAUGGCUUCAGUCGUUCUAAUGCUUAAUAGCAACUCUAUCAGCUUAUCAGUACCUUCACGCCCUGCAUUUUUUAUACAUAGCAACGUUGAACCAGAUUCGCAGUCAGAUCAAUCUAUUCUGCUAGCCUCAACAAAUGAUGCUUCAAUUACUGUAUUACAUCCUCGCUAAUGUUUGAUCAAAGUAACUAGAGGUUCUUUAUAUCAGUUUUGAGAAAAGAUUAUUUAUUGAAGUAAGCACGUUGAAUAAUUUUGAGGACUAUACUACCAGCCUUUCUCUUGGCGGGCUGAGUUGCUACUUCGUGAUGUUAUGCAGCAACACAUUAUGAUGACCAUAUUCAAUUGUGUUCAAGAUUUACGUACUCCAAAUAUUCUAAAAGUAAUGCUACAAGUACAAAUUAUUUUAUAACAUUUUUACAAAAUGUUGAUGCA